AUGGCUUUGGUUUCUCCUGUUGUUGCUUUAUUCGAAUGGAUCAUUGAAGCUGCAAGAGAAUUAAUUCGACUUCGACGCGAGAAUUAUGACGAUUUUGAGUUCGUUCCUAAUAAUUGCCAUGAAAGGAUAUGGAGAACCAUAUCCAACCAAUUGUUUCUUAAUAGAGGUUUCGCCGCUUCUCCCUCUCAAUAUCGUAGGAAAUGGUACUCAUUAAAAUAUGGGUACAAAAAUCUCAAGAG